UCAUUAAAACUUCGAUCAGCAACAAAGCACCGGAACGUCUCUUGAGCAUUUAAAAACCAGCGAUUUUUUUAAUAUAUCGGCUUUAAACAUGAACUGAAAAUGAGGAAACUCAUCCAGCCAAAAGUCGAAAGGAAUAUUACUUUAAAAUUGGAUUGACUUAUAGUCACGCAAACGAAAAUAUUUGGAAGCCCAAAGGUAUUCUAUAUUGUGCUGUGUUGAUAAAAGAUAUUUUACUGAGGAUGUUGCUCAUUAAAAUCGUAACUUUUUCGAUUAUGUUCGCGUCAAUAAUUUCGGUAAAAUGCUUGAGUUUCGCGAAUAUGGACGGAAAAGGUGACAAAGAUUUGGUCCCUUCAAACGAAAUCGAAAGUAAUAAGCGUGACAAUGAACAAUUAAAAUUCAUUUAUCAAAAUUACUCAAGAGUGCAUAGAAAUUUGGAUAAUGGAGUAAUUUAUGGAGACAGCAGCAACAAGUGCGGUGGAAAUUUCAAAAGUGUUCAAACAACGAUUCAGUCGCCGGACUAUCCCAACGAAUAUCAGCCCAACAGCUACUGUGAAUAUGUGUUCAAAUCGCCAUUUGUAUGCAAGACCGAAUAUCAUAUUCAGUUUUUGUUCUUCUCAUUGGAGUCGUCAAAGGAUUGUGUUAAGGAUCAUUUAAAAAUUGGAAAACAUGAAACUUUGUGUGGGAAAGUUAUUGGAAUCAUGAAGUACAAAGCGAUGGAUGGAGUGCUAAGAAUAAUUUUUGCUACUGAUGACAAUAUCGAAGGACAUGGCUUUAAUUUGCUGAUUACCAGGCUGCCAUGUAGUGAUGAAGAAUCAUCAACAGUGUUUCCAAUUUAUGAGAAACGGACCAUUAAAAAUGAUGAGUGGGAUGUGACGGACAUUGAAUUUACAACUUCAAUCAAUGAAGAAACUACUACUGAUGAGAAUGAAACAGAUGAUAUUACUACGACAGCCUUCGUCAAUAAAGAUAUUACGGAACCAAUACUUACAUUGCAACCGCCUAUUUACGACCAUUUCGAAGAAACUCAGAAUAAGAGCUAUCAGUUUUCGUUUUUGGGCUCCAAUGGUGAUGGUUAUUUACCGCCUUCUUCGACUGAUACUCCUACGACACACACAAACUGCUUUCCUAGCAAUGGAGGUCAGUACCCUACGAAUGGAGGACAAUUUCCUGUCAAUGGUCAGUUUCCCGUCAAUGGUCAGUUUCCUGUCAAUGGUCAAUUUCCUGCCAAUGGCCAGUUUCCUGUCAAUGGCCAGUUUCCUGUCAAUGGCCAGUUUCCUGCCAAUGGCCAGUUUCCUGCCAAUGGCCAGUUUCCUGCCAAUGGCCAGUUUCCUGCCAAUGGCCAGUUUCCUGCCAAUGGCCAGUUUCCUGCCAAUGGCCAGUUUCCUGCCAAUGGCCAGUUUCCUGCCAAUGGCCAGUUUCCUGUCAACGGCCAGUUUCCUGUCAAUGGACAAAAUCCAAUCGGAGAUGGUCAAUAUCCCACAUUUGGCAUUUUCCCGAACAAUGGCUAUCCUUCAACUUCAUUUUAUCCAUCCACAAAUGUGUUUCACACGCACAAUGUAUCACCUCCAAACAGUUAUCCUACCUCAAACUAUCCGUCGUUCAAUGGCUAUUUACCGGCAGUACAGCCCACAAACAAUUUCCCAUCGUCUAACGGAUACCUUCCUUCAUCGAAUGGAUACUUACCCCACAAUCCCAAUCAAUUUCCUAAUACACCCUCUAACUAUCCCCAAUUUCCGAUAAACAAUGGAUAUCCUUCAAACUUUCCGAGUAAUCAACAACCAUCUGCCAAUGAUCCAAACAUUCAAGAAAUAUCACCAGUGAGCACCACACCCACUCGCGACGUUGUACAGUCGCAGAUUUUUCCUUCUGCAAUUCCACAGUGUUGUGCACGACAAUUUAAUCAACAACGAUUUUAUGUAGCUAGCUCCAACUUUCCAACAAGGAACGGUCAAAACGUCGACUGCCUUCACUACAUCACUCGUAAUAAUCCAAGUGUCUGCCGCAUUCGAAUUGAAUUCAAAUUCUUUUUCCUGGGUAACUAUCAUCCACAACUUGGAUGUGUAGAAAAUUUUAUUGAAAUUGAUGGUCAACGUAUUUGUGGCUGCCGUAGUGGCAUGCGAUAUAUCUCGCAAUGGGGAAUAGGAUCGAAAAUUAUACGUGUUCAAAGUAGAGCAGGAAUCACUCAGGGUGUACGCGGCUUUUUGUUAGAUGUCAUACAAGAGCAGUGUCCGUACCGUUUUAGCCGAGAUAAUUCGUUGGAUCGCAAUGAAACAAACUGGGAUCGAUCUGAUCCGGUACUUCAUAAAGCUAUUACACGAACAAAUAGCUCAUCGCUGACCACUUAUUACUAUUACGCUGAUGACAGUGAUACGGAGAAGCCGAAGGUUCGAUUGGAGACGAAAGCAGAAUUUGAUCAAAGAGCUGAAGGUCCGAAUGCACGAUUCUUCUUUCCACCUACAGGCCAACAAAACAGGUGCGCCUUCAGCAAUCUAAAUUGGUUACAGUUAGUCGCAGAUCCGCUAUGGUUAGUAAAACCAACUUGUAGAAGAUGAGGUCGUGUUACAACAGAAAAUGGUUUUUUUUGCUAAUAAAAUUACGUUUUACAAAAAAAUAAUUUACUGGCUUUGUGUGGUUACCAAUCACAAUUUAUUUUGCGUAAUCUUUGCUCACUUUAGAACAUAAUAAUUAUUCCCAAAAUCUUCGCUGCUGAAAUGACUCAGAAACCUUUUUAAGCAAACUCAUAUUUGA